AUUGCAGCCACAUCUGUAUCUUUCACUUUCAACAUUAAUACAAUAACCCCCCACAUCAAUACUACAGAACAAAACGAUUUCUUUGGAAACAAGGUGCUUCAAAUCAUCUCUGGCAAGAACAACGGACUUGUCACUGCACCUCAGCAGCUAAACAGAUCUGAAGAAACAUGCAGAUCUGAUCUAAACCAAACCCACCAGUGCUUCAUUAUUCCAGAAAUGUCUCUCACAAACAAAAUAUUACCAAUCAAACACUUUGGACUGUCAAUAACUGAAGAUGCCACACUCUCCCUAUACACGAGUCCAAGUGCAAUCCUUGAAUGUAAUAAAAACUCCUUUCUGAACAUCUUAGAUCCUCUUCAGCAAAUCUCCUGUUACACAACAGGGGUCAAAGAAUUCAUAAAAAAGACAGUGGACCUUGUCUUUCUUUUUGAUGGAUCAGGAAGUAUGACAGAAGCAGAGUUCAACCAAAAUAAAGAUUUCAUAAAGGAUGUUAUGAAGAGCCUUUCAAACACAUCAGUCAAGUUUGCAGCAGUUCAGUUCUCGUUUGAUUACAGGAUGGUUUUUAACUUCAGUGACUUUAAUGAUGGCAGAGCUCUCGAUGAAUCCCAUAUGAAGACUCUCACCAACACACACAAAGCUCUCGAAUUUGUGUUGGAGAAAAUCUUUGACAACCCAGAUGCAGGUGCUUCUCCUGACGCAACUAAAGUUCUGGUACUAAUCACAGAUGGAGAUCCCAGUGAUACAGACAAUUAUGGGAUUAUUAAAAGAUAUAAUGAAAAACAUGUCAUUCGCUUUGUCAUUGGGGUCAAAGCUGCUAAGCUGGAUAAAUUUAAGGCCAUUGCUUCAGAUCCAAUCGACAAAUAUGCCUUAAAAAUUGAGAACUAUGACGAACUCAUAGGGAUGAUGAAAAACUUUCACAACAAGAUCUUUACAAUGGAAGGUGGUGUAAAGUUGUUUUUAACUGGUGUAAUACUGUUUUUACAAAAAUCCAUUUUAUCUUCCUGGUGUGCCCCUGCAAUAGUAACAAGUUUAGAUGUCUCUUCAAUCAUUUCCUCUCCACUGCCUCACUGGACCAAACAGCCACAAUCAAAGUUGUCUGACUGCGCAGGUCAGUUAAGUGUUGGUAGCUCCACUCAUUUCAAUGCUUUGACCAGACCUGCAUAUUUAUGUCAACAGGAUACCUUGAUCCUGGGUUCAGUUGGAACAAACAGCUGGCGUGGUUUUCUCCACAAACAAAAGCCAACACAAACUGAAGUUCCACACAUGCAGAUGGACUCUUACAUGGUGGCUCCAGAGAUAACAGAGAUUAUUGGUUCCUACUUUGGUGCAGAGCUGUGCUCAGUAGAUGUCAACUCAGACGGUAACACUGACUUCCUGCUGGUGGGAGCUCCCCUGUUUAACCAGCCUCAGGAGAAGACACAAGGCCAGAUCUACGUCUAUACACUGACUGAUGAGGUGGGCUGUGAUAAAGGUUCAGAUUCAGUGAGAGAAAAUUGGCGACAGACACCGAGGGAUACGGAGUCAUUUCAGCCAGUUUGGCGUGUUUUUAAUGUCUUGGCUCGUCUGUCUUUUCAACCUGAGGAGAUAUGCACUGAGACAACUGACUGUCUGGGUAACACCGAGGAAAAUAUAGUCCUACCAAUGGUUACCUUAACUGCUUGCUUUGAAAUGGUCGAAACAACAAAGAGCAAAGCAGGUAGGGACCUGAUCCAAUGGGCAGGGAACUCAGGACUGAGCAUCUUGUGUGUGCUCAGCCUGGAUCCAAUGAGAGAAACACAUCAAGCUUUCUUCAGUCCGAUUGAUAAGACAGCUAGGAAUCUUACCUCAACGUUAAAGCUCAGGAAUAAAGACACCUGCUUCAACUACCCAGUCUACAGGUCCAAAUGUGUGGAUGACAAAUCAUCACCGGUCAGCAUCAGACUAAACUUCUUCCAAGUUGAUAGUGAGAGAGCGAGUGCCGUCCUGAACGUGGACAGCAAAAGGCAGGCUGUUGCCGAGAUUACUAUAAGUUGUCUGGAGAAAUCUAAAUGA